UUUUACACGUCAACUGUAAAUGUCGGACACAUUUAGAUGUUGCACACGCUGCACUUCCUGCGUUUUCUGUGUUGAUGUUCAUCGAUGUAAACGAUGACCGUUUUGUUGUGUUUCUUACCUUGGUUAAGAUGCCACUAAUUUACUAAUGAAAUAAAGCCAUUUUCCGUUUGGUUGGCUUUGGAAUUCAGCCGUUUUUGUUAUACUGCCCUCAUCAUCAGGGAAGUAGUUGACAACGGCCAACCUAAAUUUGCUGAGGGUGUAGCAGAUUUGAUGCCCACUGCUGCAACAUGGAAUCCUCAGAUUUGAUCGGGCGGCAGAGAAAGCUGAUGGGUGUUUCCCUUUCACUUGAACACAUGAGGAACGUGGACAGGGGAGAGAUGAGUGCCUCAGAGCCAGAUAUAGAAGAGGGGGUAGAAGGGUCAGAUCCAGAGUCCAGGAGACCCAGAGCCCAGCCUGGGAUUCGUGGCGAGUUGGGGAAUGUUUUACUUCUUCUGUUUCUCUAUGUGCUGCAAGGUAUCCCUCUGGGACUGGCUGGAAGCAUCCCCCUGAUCUUACAGAGUAAGGGUGUCAGCUACAAACACCAAGCUUUCUUCAGCUUUGUCUUUUGGCCAUUUAGUCUCAAGCUUCUUUGGGCACCGCUGGUGGAUGCUCUCUACUUCAGCAGGUUUGGUAGAAGAAAGUCCUGGCUGGUGCCAACACAGUACCUGCUGGGCCUCUUCAUGCUCUACCUUUCUGUACGUGUCGAUUCACUGCUGCAGAGCGAGGGAGGAGCGAAUGUGGUAACACUUACUGCACUCUUCUUCAUGCUCACCUUCCUGGCAGCCACACAGGAUAUAGCUGUGGAUGGCUGGGCCCUCACCAUGUUAUCCAGAGAGAAUGUGGGUUAUGCUUCUACAUGUAAUUCUGUAGGCCAAACAGCUGGGUACAUCCUGGGAAAUGUACUCUUUCUGGCUCUGGAGUCUGCUGACUUCUGCAACAAAUACCUCAGAAUAGAGCCCAAAGCCACAGGCAUCGUUACGUUAUCAGAUUUCUUGUGUUUUUGGGGAAUGGUGUUCCUGUUCUCCACAACACUGGUAGCCAUCUUUAAAAGAGAAAAUGAGCCCGGCAAAGGAAAGAGGAAAGUCCAGGAGGAGACGCAGGGUGUUAUGGAAACCUACAAGUUGCUGUUUUCUAUUGUCAUGAUGCCCACAGUCUUCACCUUUUGUGCCCUGCUUCUCACUGCUAAAAUUGGUUUCUCUGCAGCAGAUGCAGUCACAGGUCUGAAAUUGGUGGAGGCUGGAGUUCCCAAGGAACAGCUGGCAUUGCUGGCAGUGCCCAUGGUGCCUCUGCAGAUCCUUCUACCACUGGUCAUCAGUAAAUACACAGCAGGGCCCAGACCUCUGGACAUCUUCUACAAGGCCUUCCCUUUUAGGUUGCUUAUAGGGCUGGAGUAUGCUCUGCUGGUGUGGUGGACCCCGAGUGUAAAACAAGAAGGAGGCUUCCCUGUUUACUACUAUGUCAUAGUGCUGCUUAGCGAUGCCGUGUAUGAAGUGGCGUUGUACAGUAUGCAUGUGGCCUGCAUGGCUUUUCAUGCCAAAGUGAGUGACCCAGUCAUUGGCGGGACCUACAUGACACUACUGAACACCGUCACUAAUCUUGGAGGAAACUGGCCGUCCACUGUGGCUCUGUGGAUGGUGGAUCCACUGACCUCUAAAGAGUGCCGGGGGGCAGUCGGCCAGAGCUGUGGCUCUCCAGAAGAGGCAUGGCUGUGCGUUAAGGAGGGCGGUGCUUGUGUUGUGACAUUGGACGGCUACUAUGUGGAGUCAGUUGUGUGUGUUGUGAUCGGUUUAGUUUGGUGGCUUUGGUUAGGAAAGAAGCUGAGGUCGCUGCAGCAGCAGAGCCCUGCUGCAUGGAGAUGCAGAGUUGACCAGCGAUGACACAGACUCAUGUUGGUGUUGUGCAACUCUGCAUAUUCUGCUGCAAAAACAGCUACUAUAAAGGGUGCACAUACUGUAAUACCAUCCAUCUGGUUUAGUCACUCCGGUCCGGCUCUAGCUGUUAGGUUCUCAGCCUCACACACUGUCACCUUGAAGUAAAUACAUCUGAGGACAUGCACCACUGGUAUCUUCUGGAGAUCUUUACCCAUGAUACUGUUAAACUUUAUGCCCAUCUGAAAAUCCAGGUACCUUAAACCCAGUGCUUUUUGACUCAUAUCUGAACCAGUUUUUAAAAAUUAUUAUUUAACUGUUUUUACCCUCUAAUGUUCUUUGUGCCUUGUGUAGCUUAUGAAAGUCUCUGGACUAUGACGGCAUCCAGCAACAUCCGUUUAAAGUCAAUAUUAUUUGAGCUGUAGUUCAAUAUUGAAGUCAGGGAAUAUCAAGAUAAUUUGUUAAACUGAUGAACCGUCACUAUGUAAAAGUGACUUUGAUAAUAUACUGUCAUUUUUUAAGUUGAUUAAUCAGAUAAGUUAUUUCUUAAGCAAAAAUGUCUAAAAAUAUCAAGAUUUGAUAGUUUCAGGGUUUUCUGUAAUAGUAAACUCAGUAUUUUGGUGGUUUUGACCGUUGGUGAGACAAAAGGAAAUAAUUAUGGAGAUUUUUCCAAAUAUUUUCUGAUAUUUUAUACAGUGAACAAUCAGAUAAUAGAUAAUAAAUGUCAGAUUUAUUUCUAAUGAAGGUAAUUGGUGACUAUAGCCUUACAGUUCUCCUCUGUUUGAAUAAUACUAGCUUGCUAAUUACUACUAUCUUGUUAAUUACUUGACACUUGAAACUGGGUGAAGAUGAGGUGUAGUAUUUUCACUACAGCUUCACAGUGCUCCUGUUAUCACCCAGAUAUGCUGGGGUGUUGUCACAUGCCAUCUGUGAGGAGAAGCAGCUUCACGUGCACUUAUACCAACUACCACAAGGUAUGGUGGGCUGUUAUUUAUUACCUUUAACUCAACUGUGGUAUAAUGGGUGUAUCAUCACACUUACCAAAGGACUGUAUGAUUGAGGACAAGGUUUCAGCAUGGCCUCUGUUCAGGAAUUGUGGUGAGGCCAAAAAAAUCUUCAGUCCAGUAUUUUAUCCUAUCAUACCUUCUGUUUAAUAUCACACAUGGUCUCCUUUAAAUCAGAAUUUAAAACAUGUCUUUUAAAAUUAGAGUUUGGCUCUAUUGUUGUGGGCUCCUGUGGUCUGUCUGUAUGCUGUCUGUGUUAGGUUUUUAUUGCUAUUGAUUCUGAAGCACUUUGGUCAGUCUGUUGAUUGUUGUAAAGUACUAAUACAAAUAAACGUUGAUUUGAUUUGAGUUGUUAUUUCUGUUUCUGUCACCUUUGGCCAUGUGGUACUACAAAGUCAAACAGGAACUGUUGCGAUCUAAAGCUAACAGGGUGGAUUUGUACUGACACCUUACUCCUGUUUGCUGUGUGCAUGUGAGUAACGGAGUGGCUGUCUGGUGGAGGGAUUUCACUUAGUACAAACUAGUGACUGAAGACAGUGAGUGGGCUGAUCACAGGUGUGUGGGUACAGUCUCCACUCUCUGGGCUAUUCAAGAGCAUGUCUGAGCCACUGUCAGCAUUCAUUUUCAUGUGUUUCCUCUGUGCAGGUACUGUAUAGAUGUGAUUGUAUAUAGAUGUGGUUUUAUUCAGUAUUCAUUUUGCUGUGUGUUUCCUCU